AUGACACAAAUAACAGAGGUUCAAAAGCAUGGAGAAAGGGGUGUCAUAUCGCAGGAAGGACGCGGUCAACUUAUAUCGUCACAGGCAACCCAUGGCCAUGAAGAAAACAACGAAUCUCAGAGUGGACAAGCUCAGGCGUCAACGGACAUGAAUUCGGACGCAGAAAGUUUCAUGAACUGGCCUGCAGUUCCUCAAAGACGGGAAGGCGUCUUGGUGGAUACAGACCUGAAAUCCGUGUGUUCAAAGAUGUCGACAGCGGAAUUGAAGAAUACUGACCCAGAGAGCACUGUUGCCAGCCCUCAUCGGCAGGCUUUCAAGCGGCUCCGGGUUCGUGUGAGGAGACAUAUCAAGGAGAUAAAUGGGAUCGUUACUUUGCUGCCAAGCCGUCUCCGCAGCCGCCUCGCUCUUCAUGAUCACUCAAACGGGGUGACAAGCGUACUACGCCGUUUAGGGAUUCGUCCAAGCAUUGUCAACGGGGAGGAUACCUUUGGUCCGCAAGAUGACGGCGGAGGACACGGAUCGCUUCCCAAGCGUACUUUGCCCGAACCACCAUGCGUGUCGGAAAUCAUAUACGCAUCGCAGGCCGAUCCGCGAUAUUUGGGGGCACCCGACAGAGAUAUCAGUCUACUUCAGUUGUUCUGUUGCUUCAACUCGGGAGCACAUAGUACCUCGCCUACUAACAUGAAAAGGGGAUAUGCUUCCGCUCAGCCACAGACGGUUCCAGAUCAGACGACAUCGUCUGAAAAGCGCCAAGGGGCCUCUGAAAAACCAAUGGCUCGAAAGCGAAGGUGGCAGACUCUCUAG